AAAAUUGGUGAAAAAAAAUCUUAUAUCACAAUAGUAUUCAUAAAUUAUUCCCAACCGUAGUAAGGAAUGGAAAUAACAAGAAGAUUUUAAACACUUGUAUGAUUUACAUGGUAUUUAAUUACAACUGAAUGAAUUAAUAUAAUCCCCGAGCUGUGAGUCACACCCAGAAGCGCAACCAACAAGCAUGUCGUCGUCGUCUUCAUCAGAAGCAACAACCGUCAACUACAACCUCAUCCCCUCCCUCCCAGACGACGUCGCUUUGAACUGCCUAGCUCGGCUCCCUCGUCACCACCACCCAACCUUAUCACUUGUUUCCAAACCAAUCCGCAACAUCCUCUCUUCCCCACUCUUCUUCAACACUCGCUCCCUCCUCCAAUCCACCCAGCACCUCCUCUACCUAUCCCUCCACUCACGCGCUCCCACCCUCCAAUGGUUCACGCUCCACCACAAUCCCAACCUCAACCUCAACCUCCUCGUCCCCAUUCCCCCCAUCCCCUCCCCCGCAAUCGGCUCCGCCUACGCCGUCCUCGGCCACACCAUCUACGUCAUCGGCGGCUCCAUCAACGACAUCCCCUCCCCGCACGUCUGGCUCCUCGACUGCCGCUUCCACCGCUGGCUCCCAGGCCCCGCCAUGCGCGUCGGCCGCGAGUUCGCCGCCGCCGGCGUCGUCGACGGCAAGAUUUACGUGAUCGGCGGAUGCGUCGCCGACACCUGGGCCAGGUCCGCCAACUGGGCUGAGGUGCUGGACCCCGCCGUCGGUCGGUGGGAGAGGGUGGCGAGUCCCGUCGACGUGCGCGAGAAGUGGAUGCACGCGAGCGCCGUCGUGGAGAACAAGGUUUUCGCGAUGGCGGAUCGGGGCGGCAUCGUGUUCGACCCUCGGAGCGGCGCGUGGGAGAGCGUGGGAACCGAACUGGAUCUCGGGUGGCGGGGGAGGGCGUGCGUGGUGGAUGGGAUUCUGUAUUGCUAUGACUAUUUGGGUAAAAUCAAGGGAUUCGAUGUGAAGGGAGGGGUGUGGAAGGAGUUGAAGGGGUUGGAGAAGGGUUUGCCGAGGUUUCUGUGUGGGGCCACCAUGGCUGAUUUUGGUGGAAAGUUGGUUGUGGUUUGGGAGUGCCAAGGGAGUGGCAAAGAAAUGGAGAUUUGGUGCGCUGAGAUUGUGGUAAACAAGAAUAUUGAUGGGGAAUUGUGGGGUGAAGUUGGUUGGUUCGAUAAGGUUCUUUCUGUUCCAAAAGGGUCCUCCAUUGUGCACUGUUCUUCUGUUUCCUUGUGACGUUGCUGAUGAGAAACCCUUUUGAGGUCAUCUGUUUCUAUCAACACAUGUCUUGCAGGAUCAAGAUCCUGAAAUUGAUGUAACUAGAGCGUCCCGUGAUGUCAUGUUACAUUAAAUUGCUGUCACUUGAUCUAACAAGUUCCUUUCUAGUUUGAUCAGGUGACAUUUGUAACUCCAUUGUCGUACGAAUAAACAGGAGCUGCUACAAAAUGUAGUGCUUCUUUACAACUGUAUAAUUAGCGUGUAUAGUUUAGCACUCCAUAGUUCCACCACGUCAUCUUUCUAUCUGGGUGAGUUUGUAAUUUGCGCGGAGUUGGUACUAAAUCUCACACCAAAUAAAUUGAAGUUUGUUUUGAGGUUUAUGCUAUUUCACUUUACUAGGUUAGGCCCUUUUCAAGGAAGUUGUGAGGCUUAAUUUAUUCGGGCAAAUUGGAGAACAACUAGUGGAUAGCCUUAGCUUAUGACUAUCAAGAUUGUUGGUUGUGAUGACCGAUACUGAACAAGUGCUUCUGCACAAUGUGUGGUGAAUGUGUGUGUUUUAAGUUGAGAGUAAUGUCACGUGACUUUGUAUUU